AUGGAACAACAUCCGAAAACAACAGUUGCUAUUUUUCCAUCCCCGCAUGUCUUAUCCUUCAGUAUCUCAGAAACUGGAGCUGUGGAACUCGGUAAUUUCGAAGGAAAGUAUUUACAGGUUGUCCUUGAUAAUUUAUCAAUUGAUUAUAAGUUCGUAUUUCCAAAAGAGAAACAACACGGUAAAUUGCUGCCCAAUGGAUCUUGGAAUGGUAUGAUAGGCAUGCUACAAAGAGGGGAAGCUGACUUGGCUUUUACAUAUCUGACCGUUACAGAAGAAAGAGCAAAAGUGGUGAAUUUCAGCACUGUGUAUACCAUGGAUGCUUGCAUAUUUGUGUCAGUUAUGCCAGAAGAUGUUAAACCGUUAUCUGGUUUCCUCCAUAUUUUUGAUAUGACUACGUGGAUUGCUGUAUUUAUAACUUUCUUUAUAAUGCCAAUUUUGUUUGUGAAAUUUCAAAAAAGAAAAUAUUCUCUGUUGAAGACAUUCUUCAAGCUCUUCGCAAACUUCUAUGGACAAAUCCCGAUGCGAGAUAAUAAUUCAUUGAAAUAUAUCAUUUUGCUGGCAACAUGGUUGUUGAUUGCUACCGUGUUAUCCUUCAGUUAUUCUGCAACCUUAUUGUCGUUUUUAAUCCAGCCUAUAAAAGAGCCUAUGAUACUGACAUUCAAAGAGCUAUCCAAAGCUGUUCAAAGAGGUACACAUAAGGCGACUUUCUACAAUUUCAGUAUACCAUUUCUUCUAAAUUCGGAAGAUGAAGACCUGAACAUUCUUGGUGAGAUAGUUAAACGCAACAAUUGGUUUGUACAUAGCUCAAAGCGUGGAAGUUUUGCAUAUGUCAAAUAUCAUUCAAUCCAAGCAUCGAACAGAAAUGCAGGAAAACUUGUAUAUAGUAAUCAUAAAGAUUUAUAUAUGUCAGAGGAAACACUUUAUGUUUCUCCCAUGGCCUUUACAUAUGGUAAGAACUUCUGCUGCCCUACAACGUUGAAUUCGAUCAUUCUAAGAUUAUCUGCUGCAGGACUCUAUGAUAAAUUUCUCCGAGAUAGCUCACUGAAAUAUUUCUUAAAAACUCACAGGAGAUCAGAGACAUUAAGGGUGACGGGUUCUUCCCUUUCGAUUUCCGAUUUACUAGGAAGCUUUAUGCUAUUAAGUGCCGGCUUGUCACUUUCAUUUUGUGCUUUGCUUGGUGAAGUGGCUUUUAGUAGAAUAUAUCCCUACGCAAAAAUAGAUAAAGAAAUAAUUUAUUUGCAUCCGUAA